AUGGAAUAUCGCACCCGGUUACUUCAGCUAGGAACUACUCAGUAUAAUUUCAAGUUCCAUCCUUUGUGUAAAAGCCUCAAGAUAACUAACCUCUGUUUUGCUGAUGAUUUAAUUAUCUUCUGUAAAGCUAAUAAAGACUCAAUUCAAUGUGUUAAGCAGAUUGUUGAGGACUUCUGUAGUAGUACAGGGCUGAAGGCUAAUCACAUCAAAUCACAUGUCUAUUUUGGAGGUGUUCCGAAUAUAGAGAAGGGUCAUUUGCUUCAGGUUUUGCAGAUUAAAGAGGGAAUAUUUCCUCUUAAUUAUCUUGGGGUUCCUAUGAGGCUAACAAAAUGGAAAGCGGUAGAUUGUGAUGUGAUCCUAAAAAAGAUUAAGCUUAGGCUUCACACAUGGGCUAGUAGGCACCUCUCUUAUGCAGGGAGGACCCAACUCAUUACUUCUGUCCUUUUGGGUUUGCGUAACUAUUGGAUGAAUAUCCUCAUGCUCCCACAAAGUGUAGUUAAGGAGGUUGAUAAACUUUGCAUGUGGUUCCUGUGGGGUAACAAUGGAACCUGA